UUAUUUUAUCAGUUCUUGUUGUGGAGUUGAUCUUUUAAGUUGUGUUUUCUUUGGGUCUAGUUAUUUUUUGUUUUUGGUUCGAAAUAAGUGAUGAUUCAGAUUAAUUUAACAAUAUAGAGUAAAUUUAUUUGUAAUUAUCUGAAUAUUACUCCAAACCAGUUUUAUUGCUCCAUUCAUAAACAAUAGACGUGCUUUCCUUGUGUUUAAUGUGAUGUGCUACUUUAUUUAGAAUUUCUUUCACUUAAUACUUGCACGACACUUCUGCAAAGAUGCCUGCUCGACAGGAUUCGGUUUCCAUCCCGAUGACUCCAACGAGGUCUGAUUUGUACUGGCAGAGAAUAUUUAAUAAGUACGACAAAGACAACGAUGGGAAAAUAUCGUACACCGAACUCAAAGAGAUCAUAGAAUCCCGCGAGUACGACCACGACUUGCCAGACAAUGUGGUGGACAAGAUCAUGAACCUGGCCGACCGGGACAACUCCGGUUAUCUGGACUUCCACGAGUUCGUAGAAAUGAUGCACAACCCUGACUUCAAGAUGAUAUUCGGACAUUUCGUCGCUAGAUAUGUCCAUUCAAUUAUCCCGCAGCGCAACCCUGUGGAUACUACAGGGACGUGGACAGGUUUCCGACCGGUGACGACGCGCGAUAGUGCCCACCCCCGUAGCACAACUAUCUUCACGUACACAGACGGCACCUACGAGGAGGAGUACACAUGUUGGCCACCAGCGGUGUGCAUGAUCCUCAUAUCCCUAGUGGAGAUCGCCCUCUUCUGCUACGACGCGUCGCUAGGCAAGACCGACGCCAACGGACCCAUCGCACAGAUCUUCAUUUACAAUCCGCACAAGAGGCACGAAGCGUGGCGGUUCUUGACCUACAUGUUGGUGCAUGUCGGCGUUGUCCACUUGCUAGUCAACUUACUAGUCCAGCUGUUCCUCGGUGUGCCACUCGAGAUGGUACACCGAUGGUGGCGCGUGACCCUGGUGUACCUCGCCGGGGUCGCGGCCGGGUCCCUAGCAACGAGCCUCACAGAUCCGAAGGUGUACCUUGCAGGAGCGUCAGGAGGAGUGUAUGCGUUGAUUGCGGCACAUAUAGCUACUAUUAUUAUGAACUGGACCGAGAUGGAGUUCGCCGUGAUCCAACUGCUCGUGUUCCUGCUGCUGGCCGGCGUGGACAUCGGCACCGCGGUCUACGACCGCUACUGGAGGCAUUUGCAGCAGAAUAUCGGUUACGUUGCACACUUGGCUGGCGCGAUUGCUGGUCUCUUAGUAGGCAUAGGAGUUCUUCGUAACUUGGAGAAGAGGAAAUGGGAGAAACGGUUAUGGUGGGCAGCGGUGACGUUAUACUUCUCGCUGAUGAUUGCGGGCAUCUUCGCCAACAUAUUCUGGACUGACAGGUUUCUAUAACGUGAUAAGGAUUAUUGCCAUAUAUAUAGACUAAAAACAGACCGACACGAACGUCUUUGUAUAUUAUUUAUUUUACUAAAUAAUCGGCUCAUGAGAACUGUAAAAUAUGACAUUUGCGGCAAUAACUAAUUUAUAUUGCCGCUCCGGGCAAAAAUUAAUAUUUGCUGUUAACUCGCAGUGAACAUAUUUUACCUCCCAUACUAAAUUUUUGCCCGACUGACGCCCUAAAUAGGGCCCUGGAUUUAUUUAAAAAAGUGAGUUUUUAGCCGCAGAUAUACUUAAUACUAUUUCUAAACAUAUUAAUGUAACAUCACACACAUUUUAAACAAAUUUAAGAAGAAAAUUUAAUACUGUUUAAAUAGCUAAAUAAGAAUUUUGUUCUAUAGAAAUUUAAUAAUUUGAACGUAAAAAUUACAUUCAAUAAUGCUCAAGAAUAUGCACAAAAUAAAUUUAUAUAUUAUAAUAUAUUAAUAUUAAAUAUUAGCUCGCAUUAACAUGCAAUUGGUUUUUUUUUUUGAUGGAUGAAAAUGGUAUGGUAACCCCGCCUGCGCUAACGGGAUACGCUGGCGGAGCACCAGUGAAGGGUGAUAGAUGAGAAUGAAAACAGGCCAGUUAGCCCAUCAUGAUGAAUUCAUCAGGAAUUAACCAUGAUAGUUUUCAGGGAGAACCGCGAGGAGGUCGACCUGGUUGGGUAUAUUGCUAGCAAUGGGAUUCUCAGUCUCCAUUACUAACAAUCCCUUUACCCCAUAUGGCUAUAUAUUACGCACCUUUAGUUGUGAUAGAUAAUUAAAUAAUUUGUGUGAUUUACAAAAAUGUGUAUGGAAAUUUUACUUUGGAUUUGGAUAUAUCAAUAUCCGAGUGAAAAGUAAAAUUUCAAGAAUACCGAGGGUAUGCCGUAUAAUAUCUAUUCAGUAUAUGCAUAUAUACUGGGCACAGUAAAAAAAUGCCUUAGGGAUAGGGCAUUUUUUUUCAACCAUUUUUAUGUCGCGAC